AAAAUAAUUUAAAUCAAGCGCCAUGUUGAUAUGUGGUAAAAAUAGGGGGCGUUGUUGAGAAUUAAUUAAAAAAAAUUCACUUUAUGUAAAUAAAUAGUCCUUGAGAGAGUAAAUGAACGGCGAAAGCAGAAAUAUGUAGUGCAAAAAACGGGAUAAUUUGUGAUUCAUCUCGAGAAAAUGGUGGGGAAUGAUAAAAAAGAGAAGGGAUGGACAUGAGAAUGAUCAGAGAAGAGUAAAUGACGUUAGUUUAUAGGUUACUGGUCAUUUACAACAAACUUUAGUAAUGCUUGAGCGUGAGAGGCGCUGCUUUCACGUUGCUUUCUUGAUCAUUUCAUCCUUUUUCUUUCUUUCCAGUGCACCAACGUUUCUUUUCAAUAUACACAGUGAAUUUUAUGUGCAUUUCUACGAUUAAAUACAAAACGUCAUUACUUUUUAACAAUAAAAUCACAUUUAAACAAUGUAUCUGUUUAUUGUGUCAUUGAAUUUUUGUUAACGAAAAAAAAGUAUAAAAAAAUAAACAUCAACAUCAAUAAUAAAAUUGUACUUUAUUAUCGUAAACAAAGACAUUUUAACCACGAUACAAUCUAUAGUAAAAAUGUUCUAAUUUUAAUCCACAAACAAACGUUUAUUGUUUUGGAGGACGAAUUCAACUUUGAAGAGAAGGUCGAAAAAUUAUUUUUAAAGAGAAAAAAAAUUUUCCAAGUGAUGGCAAAAAGUGAUUAUUUUAUCCCAAGGAAAGGAGAUUAAAGAAUAAACAAUUUAGUCAUAUUUUUUACCGGUUUAAUAUAAAAAAAUAAUUAUUAUAUUGUGCCUUUUACCAUGCUAAAACAUAUCAAGUAAAAUUGUGAAGUUUUUCAAGUGAUUAAUAGAUUUUCAAAGGUUUCUUAGAGGUUAUAAAAGUGGUUUAUACUAUAAAUAAUUACGUAUUAAUACAAAGUAUUAAAUUAAAAAAAUUAAAAAUUAAGUACAAAUAAUAAUUAAAAUAAUUUUAUAAUUAUUCAAAAAAUAUUGUGAGAAAACAACAAAAAAAUAAUACACACAAAGAGUGGAUAAAAAAUAAUUAAAAAUUUAAAAGAUGGCUGCAGACUAUGACGAGUGAUUGUUUAUUCUCCAAAGUGAGAAUAAAUUGAUAUUCAAGUGAAUAGUCAUCAAUAUUUUAUGAUAAUCUCGUAAAUAAAUCGAGGAUUUACUUUGAACAGAGGAGGAGGCUUUAAAAUGUCGCGGGUUUCACUCAGUAAAUCACAGUAUGGUUCAAGAAGAGUGAGAAAAAUAAGCACGACUGAAAGCGAGUACUCAGUGGAGGAGCAAACGAGACUGACAGAAGGAGGUGUUGAUGAAACAUCUCCAGAUGAUGAUGCUGGAUCGCUGUGUGAAUACCACGAUAUACCGCCUCCUCCUGAUGGAGGUUACGGCUGGGUCGUAGUAUUUGCAUCAUUUAUGUGUAAUAUGAUUGUCGACGGCAUUGCUUAUACCUUUGGAAUAUUUCUCGAAGAGUUUGUCAAUUAUUUUGGAGAGGGCAAAGGAAAGACUGCAUGGGUUGGAUCUCUAUUAUCUGGAAUGUAUCUCAGUGCUGGUCCUGUUGUUAGCGCAUUAACCAAUAGAUAUGGUUGUAGAGCAGUUUGUAUGGCUGGUAGUUUUAUUGCUGCUGGGGCAUUUGUUCUUUCAACGUUUGCAUCUUCUGUAAAUAUGCUUAUGUUAGUUUAUGGUGUGAUAGGAGGAAUUGGAUUUGGUUUAAUAUAUUUACCUGCAGUAGUAUGUGUAGGUUAUUACUUUGAAACAAAACGAUCUUUAGCAACAGGAAUAGCGGUUUGUGGAUCAGGUUUUGGCACAUUUGCUUUUGCGCCAUUGGCAAAUUUCCUAGUUGAAUCGUAUAACUGGAAAGGAGCUCACUUGAUUCUAGCUGGAUUAAUUUUGAAUUGUGCAGUAUUUGGAGCAAUGAUGCGACCUUUGGAGUAUCCAAAACCAUCAUCAGUUAAACCAUUACUUCAGAGGAUGGCUGAAGAGAAAAGAUUUCAAAUGGAACGAGGAAGUAUUGGUGGAUCUUAUUUUAUGGUCCAGUUACCUGAUGGUUCCAUGGAGAAAAGAAUGAAAAUGCCGAUUAAUAUUGAUCCUGGUGUACACUCCAGUUUUAAUCUUGACCAAUUAGUGCCUGGGACACCAUUAACACCAGUACCAACGGUACCAACAUUGCCGACGAUAUCAGAAGUUAAAGUCCAGGAACACUCUUCAAGUGGUGCUACGAGUAAGAGUGGUAGUGAAGAUCUUAAGAAUUCAAUGAUUAAAUCGAGAAGUAGGAAAUCAAUAGACGAUACCAAAGACUCCAAAGAUGUAGCAGAUAAACCAGAAAUUGAGUUUAAUAAACCUGUGAUACCAAGAAAUGCAUCACAACCUGCUUUUACAACUCACGUUCAAGGCUUACCGAAAAAUGGAUCAGUUCCUUUUUUCGAUCGUAUUCGCAAGACUAGUACUGGUGAACGUUAUAAACCUAGUCUCAGUGCUAUUAAAAAUUCUAGAACAACUUUAAAUUCUAAUGGAGAUAUCAGAAGGAGUUUACAUCUUAGGCUCUCUGCUAGCAGCAUGCUUGGAUCGAGAAAUAAUAAUAUGAUGGAAGCUGAUGAUGGCGAGAGCAUAACAUUUACCACUAGUAAAUCAAGUAUACCAAAGCAAAAACCAGCAAUUGUUCGACCGCUAUCAAGGAAGGAUAUCUUCUACAGUGGUAGUAUAGUUAAUUUGCCAGAGUAUCAAAGUCAAAAGUCAAUCGCUAAUUACCGUCAAAGUGUCAUUUCUCUGCCUAAAUCUGUCAGAGGUGAUGUGAGAGAUGGAGAUAUUGAAAAAGGUCCACAACAGCCGUUGUGUCCGUGUCUGGAACUUCCCGAAUCAUUCAAAGAGGCCUUAGCAACAAUGAUGGAUAUGUCAUUGUUAAAAAAUCCCGUUUUCCUGAUGAUUGGUAUUAGUAAUGUCUUCGGAAUGGCUGGAUUAUAUGUUCCUUUUGUCUAUCUUGUUGAUGCUGCUGUUCAAGAUGGAAUCGAUAAAAAUGAAGCUUCGUUCUUGUUAUCAAUCAUUGGAAUCACGAAUACUGUUGGUCGAGUUAUUUGUGGAUUUGUUGCAGAUUUUCCUCAAGUUGAUUCUUUGUUAUUAAACAAUAUUUGCUUGGCUGUUUCAACUAUUUCUGUCGCUCUUACGCCUCUUUGUCACACAUACUAUGCAUAUAUUACCAUGAGUAUCUUCUUUGGCACUGCAAUUUCUGGAUAUAUCUCUUUAACGUCAAUUAUCUUGGUGGACUUGCUUGGAUUAGAUAAAUUGACAAAUGCUUUUGGACUUUUGAUACUUUUCCGAGGUGCUGCUGCAAUUAUUGGAUCUCCACUGGCUGGUUCAGUCUAUGAUGCUACUCAUACGUACAGUAUUCCCUUUUUAAUGGCUGGAUUUUUCUUUCUAAUCAGCACCAUUACUAGUUUUAUGGCUCCUGUUAUGAAACGAUUCAUGACAUCUGAGGCUCCAAGAGUUGUUAUGGAUACUUUAACACCAAUUGAUGAGGAUAUUGAGGAAGAAAAUGAGGAAGAUCUCCCGGAAAUAAUUGAAACCGCACCAUCACCUCAAGAUCCACCGGAAAAGGAAAUAAAACAAAUUGAGUCAGUACUUUGAAUUAGUCGAAAUUUAUUGAAA